AGGGAUACACAGAGAUGUGGGCGGAGCCUGAGGCAGCGUACACACCUCCACCUGCCAAGAAACCACGCAAGAACUCUGCAGAAAAAGCAAAGAUCAGAGAGGUGAUUGAUGAAGGCACCAGAGAGAGACUUAUACAGGAGAUCAAAAAGAAGACCAGGAACAUAGAAGACAUCUGCAUCUCCUGUGGAAGCCUGAACGUGUCUCUGGAGCACCCUCUGUUUGUCGGGGCCAUGUGUCAGGGCUGCAAGAACUCGUUCCUGGAGUGUGCCUACCAGUAUGAUGAUGAUGGUUACCAGUCCUACUGCACCAUCUGCUGUGGAGGCAGAGAAGUGCUGAUGUGUGGCAACAACAACUGCUGCAGAUGUUUUUGUGUGGAGUGUGUGGAUCUCCUGGUGGGAGCCGGCUCAGCAGCAGCAGCCAUUAAAGAAGACCCCUGGAACUGCUACAUGUGUGGACCCCGGAGUGGCCACGGGCUGCUGCGACGACGGGACGACUGGCCAAUCAGAUUACAGCACUUCUUUGCCAACAACCACGAGCAGGAGUUUGAGCCAGCCAAACUGUAUCCUCCAGUGUCAGCAGAGAAGAGACAACCAAUCAGAGUGCUCUCCUUAUUUGACGGCAUCGCCACAGGUCUGCUGGUGCUGAAAGAUCUAGGCAUCCAGGUGGACAAGUAUAUAGCCUCUGAAGUGUGUGAGGACUCCAUCACUGUCGGCAUCGUUCGACACCAAGGACGCAUAAUGUAUGUGGGAGACGUUCGCAACGUCACCCGCAAGCAUAUUGAGGAGUGGGGACCAUUCGACCUGGUUAUUGGAGGGAGUCCCUGUAACGACCUCUCCAUCGUUAAUCCUGCACGGAAAGGCCUCUAUGAGGGUACUGGGCGGUUGUUCUUUGAGUUUUACCGUCUCCUGCACGAGGCUCGACCAAAGCUGGGCGACGAGCGGCCGUUCUUCUGGCUCUUUGAGAACGUGGUGGCCAUGGGGGUCAGCGACAAACGGGACAUCUCUCGUUUCUUAGAGUGUAACCCAGUGAUGAUCGAUGCUAAGGAAGUGUCUGCUGCCCACCGCGCUCGCUACUUCUGGGGAAACCUGCCGGGCAUGUCCAGACCUUUAACACCGAUGGCAAACGACAAGCUGGACCUGCAGGAGUGCCUGGAGCAUGGCCGCACAGCCAAGUUUGAGAAGUUGCGUACGAUAACGACACGCUCCAACUCUGUGAAGCAGGGGAAAGACGAGCAUUUCCCCGUCUACAUGGACAACAAGGAGGACAUCCUGUGGUGUACGGAGAUGGAACGCACACACACACACACACACACACACACACACACACACACACACACA